CUCUUCCCAGCAUCCGUAGUUUGUUGGCAGCCCGUUUGUUUUGGCUCGUUCUUUGGCAUCUGGUGUCAGGUAGAAAACCUGAUUAAAGCCGUGGCAUCAUGUCUGACAAAAGUGAGCUGAAAGCAGAGCUUGAAAGGAAGAAGCAACGCCUGGCUCAAAUCAGAGAGGAGAAGAAAAGGAAGGAGGAGGAGCGCAAGAAGCAAGCGGCGGACCAAUUGAAAGAUGCUGCAAAUCACCAGGAUGAUACAGACCUGGAGAAAAAAAGACGUGAGACGGAGGCUAUGCUACAGAGUAUGGGCAUAACCCAAGAUACUCCUGCUGUCCCUCCUCCCAUCUCGCCAACUCCCAAAUCGGCGGGCACACCGAGUGAGGCAGGGAGCCAAGACUCUGAUGGAGCCGUGGGACCCAGGACUCUGCACUGGGACUCUGACCCGUCCACUCUUCAACUUCACUCUGAUUCUGAGCUGGGGCGAGGAACUCCAAAACUGGGAAUGGCCAAAGUCACACAAGUGGACUUCCCUCCACGUGAGACUGUGUCCUACACUAAAGAGACCCAGACACCUGUCGUGACUCAGCAAAAAGAAGCUGAGGAAGAAGAAGAAGAGGAGGAAAGUGCUCCAAUCGAAGCAGCAGUGGAGACUCAGACUGAGAAACCGGACCAGAAAGAGGAGGAGGAAGCAGCCCCCCACGAGCUGACAGAGGAGGAAAAACUCCAGAUCCUGCACUCCGAAGAUUUUGCGAAUUUCUUUGACCAGAGCACUCGCAUUAUUGAGCGAGCUCUGUCGGAGCAUGUGGACCUCUUCUUCGACUACAGCGGUCGUGACCUGGAGGAGAAGGAGGGUGAAAUCCAGGCCGGUACAAAGCUGUCCCUCAACAGGAAGUUCAUGGAUGAGCGCUGGUCCAAACAUCGCGUCGUCACCUGCCUGGACUGGUCCCUGCAGUAUCCUGAACUGCUGCUUGCCUCAUACAACAACAACGAGGAGGCUCCUCACGAGCCAGACGGCGUUGCCUUAGUGUGGAACAUGAAGUACAAGAAGGCCACACCGGAGUACGUCUUCCACUGUCAGUCUGCUGUAAUGUCGGCUGCUUUUGCCAAGUUCCACCCCAACGUUGUGGUGGGGGGUACGUACUCGGGACAGAUCGUACUGUGGGACAACCGGAGCAACAAGAGGACCCCGGUGCAGAGGACCCCCCUGUCAGCAGCGGCUCACACGCACCCUGUGUACUGUGUGAAUGUGGUCGGCACCCAGAACGCCCACAACCUGAUCAGCAUCUCCACCGACGGCAAGAUCUGCUCCUGGAGUCUGGACAUGCUCUCUCAGCCACAGGACAGCAUGGAGCUGGUGUUCAAGCAGUCCAAAGCUGUAGCUGUCACCUCCAUGUCUUUCCCUCUCGGAGAUGUCAACAAUUUUGCGGUGGGCAGCGAGGACGGCUCCGUCUACAUGUCGUGUCGUCAUGGAAGCAAAGCGGGCAUCAGCGAGAUGUUUGAGGGCCACCAGGGGCCCAUCACAGGGAUCGACUGCCACACAGCUGCAGGGCCUCUGGACUUCUCCCACCUGUUUGUCACCUCCUCCUUCGACUGGACUGUCAAGCUGUGGAGCACCAAGAACAACAAGCCGCUGUACUCAUUUGAAGAUAACUCGGAUUACGUAUAUGACGUCAUGUGGUCUCCGACUCACCCUGCUCUGUUUGCUUGUGUGGACGGAGUGGGUCAUCUGGACCUGUGGAACCUCAACAACGACACGGAGGUUCCUACCGCCAGCGUCACAGUGGAGGGUAACCCAGCUCUGAACAGAGUGAGGUGGGCUCACUCUGGCAAAGAAAUCGCCGUGGGAGACUCUGAUGGACGAGUUCUUGUGUAUGAUGUCGGAGAGCAAACUGCGGUUCCACGAAACGACGAGUGGACCCGCUUUGUCCGCACGCUGGCAGAGAUCAACGAGAACAGAGACGAUGCGGAGGAGCUGGCGGCUCAGCAUCUGGUCGCCUGAUCUGCUCGUCCACAGAAGUGAUGUUUAAAGGACCAGAGGCGCACUUGUUAUCGUCAGCCCCAGGAAGAGAUGUGAUGAAAUGUUUUGAUCAGAAAGACCUUUUGAUUCCUUACACCUGCUUAUUUGGAGGCCUUCUCAGUUAGCUGGACCGUCUUCCUCGGAUUAACACGAGCGUCAGGGAUAUCGACGUCAGACACUAACACGAAGCCAUACUCACAAAACACAAA